GGUAAGUUUCAAAACAGAAAUGGCGACGGAGAGAAUCGAGGCACUGCUGGAAAGGACUGCCCCUUCCUUCUUGAAAUCAUGCAACACCACCGAACUGCAGGAAACGGGAGAGGGAGAAAUGAUGGCCCCUUAUCUAAUGGACUGCAGACGCAAACAGAAGCAUAUAUUCAGGCAGCUAUGUGUGGUGGAUGAUAUGAUAAAGCUGCUGGCAAGCCUGGAGUCAGUGGAUCAACUGCUGAAUGAGCCAUGUCCUCAAAACCCAGGCAAUGAAGCUCGUUCUGCAUGGAAGGCUUUAAAAGCAGAAUAUCAGGACAGAGUUCAGGAGGUGGAGGGAUUGAUCAGCUCUCUCCAGGUCCGCAUGGAGGAGCUUCAGGGCAAACGACAGAAACUGGAGACUCUGCUUUCUACUCUGCAGAUAAAGAAGGAAGAGUGUAAAGAGAAAGAGAGAAUCACAGCUAAACUAAAUCGGAGAGCUGAGAAACAAAUCAGCUUUCAGCUGGAAGACUCCCUGCAGGCAGCCCAGAACGCCUUGAAUGUGUGUGAUUUGCAACUGACUAAACUCAAGGAUGAGGUUAAUAAACAAAGGGCCCAUAUCAGCGACUGGACACAAUUAAGGGAGGGACUAGAGACCUUGGUCACAGUGACUCAGAAGAAUAUGCAGUACAGACUGUUGUCUGUCAGUCCCUCUGAGCUGUGCCUUGAGCUCUUGCCUCGUGCUGCUGAAAAAUCUCUUGAACCGCUGCGUGUCUCCAUCACCAUGACAACCAGCGAUCACUUCCAUCUUCAGGUGUUUCAGGGGACCGCAGGUCUUGUAGAGGAGGCUGUGGAUGGCCCUCUUAGGCAAUUGAGCGCCGCCCUGGUGGAGGUGAUGGAGCGGUACAUUAGUCAAGGAGAGAUGCUUUCUGAGAUUCAGACCCUGCACUCCAGUUUUGCAAUUGACUGGUGCCCAGCUGAAAGGCUUCUGAUCUUCCUGAAGACUGCGACCACAGUGUGUCACCUCAGGGUUGAAGAGGGUUAUCCAUCACAUGGCCGAGCGACUCUUUUGUCUGUACGAAAAGAUGGCAAUCUGCUUGAUAUUGCCGAUAUGCAGCCCACAGUAAAACAUCCAGUCCUGACAGAGUGGCUUGAAUUUCUCUCCACCAAUCCCAACAUCUGAUGAUUGUCACAAAAGUCACCCUAGAGUCAGAGGGAAAUCAGGAGUGUCCACUGCGUUUGUCAUGAACUGAAUGAGAGUAUUACAUAUUAGGCAUCUGGUUUGUAUUCUGUUGAUGCUGAUUUAUGAAUAAAUGUUUGUAUUUUGUCUGUGUUUAUUAUGUGUCAACAUAUUUUCUCAGUUGAGUGAUAAAUUCAGUCUUUAUCUUACAAAAAUUAGUGUAUCAUUACUAUUGUUGUUAAUAUUAUUUGCAUUAAAUGCAAUGUCUAGGCAAAUAAGCAUUUCUUCAUUUUCAUUUGAAGCUCAUUAAAAGUAUAGUUGAAUGAAAAUUCUGCCAUUUACUCCUGUUGUACUUUUCUUUUCUUUUUUUUUUGUGGAACACAAAAUGUUGGGCCGAAUAUUUGCCUCAGUCACAAUUGAAUGGGGAAAAAAGAUGCAAUGAAAGUGAAUGGUGACUGAGUCUAACAUUCUUCCUAACAUCUCAUUUUGUAUUUCACUGAAGAAAGAAAGUCAUGCGGGAUUGGAAAAACGAGAGAGUAUGUAAAUUAUGAGAGUAUUUUCAUUUUUGGGUGAACAGUCCCUUUAAAUAUUUUCAAACGUAAAGACCUCUGCAUUGUACAUUCAGUGAUUGCAGGAAGAUCAAUAUUCUUUUUUGUAAAUUUCAUGUUUGUGUCUUCAAAACAAAAAUGUCAAUAAAAGUGAUCUAA